UUUGGGUUUCACGUGGUACAGGCCGGAUGAUGGCGGGCGCUGGGGAAGAUGCAAGAGCCCUCUUCAGGGCUGGCGUCCGCGCGGCGCUGGAGGCUUGGCCUGCUUUACAGAUCGCUGUAGAGAACGGAUUCGGGGGCGUGCACAGCCAAGAGAAGGCCGAGUGGCUGGGGGGUGCAGUGGAGGAUUACUUCAUCCGCAAUGCUGACUUGGAGCUAGACGAGGUGGAAGAUUUCCUUGGAGAGCUGAUGACCAACGAGUUUGAUACGGUUGUGGAGGAUGGGAGUCUGCCCCAGGUGAGCCAGCAGUUGCAGACCAUGUUCCACCACUUCCAGAAGGGUGAUGGGGCUGCUCUGAGGGAGAUGGCCUCCCACAUCACCCAAAGAAAGUGCAAAGUCAAAGCCACCGCACUUAAGGCAGGCAGAGAGACAGAUGGGGAUGAAGAUGAUGCAGACAGCGUGGAAGAGAUGGAGGUGACAACUACAAAUGAUGGGGCCACUACGGAUGGGAUCUGCCCCCAGCCUGAACCCUCUGAUCCAAACUCUCAGAAUAUUAAGGAAGAAGAUAUAGUGGAAGAUGGCUGGACCAUUGUCCGGAGAAAGAAAUGAAUGGGGCUGGAAUUGAUUUGGGCCCUUCUUUGCUAGACGUUCUGAGACUUAUUUGUAGGGGCUUUUUUGGAGGGCUAUAGACCUCUAGACUGGUUAUACUAUUCCCACCCUCUUUCUUGUUCCUCUGUGCAGUUCCCUACAGGGGAAGAAAAGCCCUAAGGUCCUUGGUUUUGGGGGCCUAAGGGACCUGGUCCAUCACACCCCAUUGGGCUUUACACAGUGCCUCUUGGGUGCAGUCAGUGUGAAGAGGAGGGAUGAGUGAAUGUGGGUGUGGCUGGAGGAGGAGCUCGACUCUGGUGGAUAGUAGACAGGUGGAUUGUGGAGAGGACCAGCCAGGGACCAGUACCCAGUGCCAAAGGCUGGCUGGAUCAGGAAUGGUGAGAUGAACAUGUAGAUGGAAGAGAGGAAAGUUGAAGAUGUGAGUAAAAGUAGCUAUGGUGCCUCUCCCUUAUCCCACCCCACCCCACACAUAGCAACUCUUAUUCCUGCUCAGAGCUUAAAACCUCCCAGGAAUGCUCCCUUCUGCAGCUCAGCCUCUCACCCCAGAUUCCCUUAGGAAUCCUAAGAUCUUGGCUAGGUGGUGAGCUUGGAAGAGUUGAGCUAUUUUCUGUCUCCUCCAACCUCUUUCCUCAUUCUUUAUCCCAUCCCAUUUAAGUUCAGGGAUGAGGCUUAUGACCCUAAUAAAUAAUACCUUGUUGUUUAAUCUGUGGCUUGACCUGUGAAUAGCCUUGGAAUCAGCCUUCUGGGAGCUGAGCUUCAGAGUUCAGCAAGGGAGUGGUUUCUGGGCCCACCCUAGUAGCCUGGUACUUUGGAUAAACAAACAUGGAUGAAUGGAACACAGAAGUGCUCUGAAAGUUACUGUAAGCCUGAAAUAAACUGUAUUUUUCUUUAAAAAACAAAA